AUGAGUACAAUAGGUGAAUCCGUCGUCUGCAGAGCGAGGAUGGUGCUGGUGCGACGGCGCUGGUGCGCGUGGGGGCUGGGCGCGGGGGCGGCGGUGGCCCUGGCGCGCUGGUGGCCUCCGCUGACGGCCGCGCUGCCGCUGCUGGGGCUGGUGGCGCUAGCGCGCGCGGCGGCCGCGGGCGCCGCCACGUGGCUAGCGACCGCGCUGCCGCGCCGCCCGCUGCGCGACCUCCGGCGCCGCGCGGUGCUCGUCACGGGCUGCGACUCGGGCUUCGGCCACGAGGCGGCGCUGCGCUUUCACGCCCUCGGCGCGCCGGUCUUCGCUGGCGUGCUGCUGCCCCAAGGCCCCGGCGCCGCGCGCCUGCGCCAGAUGGCCUCGCCGCGCAUGCGCGUGCUGCCCCUCGACGUCACAGACGAGGGCUCCGUCGCCGAAGCGCGGCGCGCGGUGGACCAGUUUCUCAGCGAGGACGACUGCGAAUUGUGGGCUGUGGUCAACAAUGCAGGAGUAUUGGGUGUUGGAGAAGCAGAAUGGAUGGAAAUGGAAGAUGUGAAGAAAUGCAUGGAAGUGAAUGCUUUUGGUCAAGUUAGAGUUACAAAAGCUUUCUUACCUUUGCUGAAGAAAUCAAAAGGUCGAGUCGUUAAUAUCAACAGCCAAGCAAGUACAAUUGUUGCACCAACACUCAACCCAUACACCAUGUCCAAAUUUGCAUCCUUAGCAUAUACGGAUUCUUUACGUUAUGAUAUGGAAAAAUUUUCCGUUUCUGUUCAUAGUAUUGAGCCGGCUAUGUACAGAACCCCUCUGGUACAGUCAGCCAUAUCUGUAUGCAAGCAAAAAUUGAAGCAGAUACCAAAUGAUGUCAGAAAUACUUAUUGUGAACAUUAUGAACAAAAGUUUUUGAAAUUGCAUUAUUUAUGUCUUCAUCUGACAGCAAUGCCACAGUCUAGAACCUUCCAAGUAGUUGAUGCUAUUGAAGAUGCAUGUUUUGACAAAGACCCUCAGGAUACAUACAUUCCAGGAGAAGGUUCCAAGUUUACAAGUUCUAUAAAGGAUAUUCUUCCUUUUCUUGCAUCAUUUACAUUAAAAAUUUUAUAUCGAUAAAUUAAAUACAUGCCAGAGAGAUAAAUAUAACCAAUAAGUUACUCUAAAAAAUCAUUACCUAUUAAAAACAUAAAAUAGGCCUCUUCUGAAGUUCAUGAACUAUUCUGUACUUAAACCAGAAAAAAUUGGACUGACAUAUAAAAAUGAGGUGAAUAAAAUAUAUAAGGCCUUAGAAAAUCAGACUCCUUUUUAAAAAAUUCAUCACAUUGGCAUAGUAUACACAUUGGCACAUGUAAACUAGAGAAAAGAGAAUAUAUAUGAAGAAGAAAUGUGAAGAGAUACAUAAGAAUAAUUGAAAUUAAAUACAUUUUCAUUUAAGUCAUCUGUAUUUGCAUUUGAAAUAACUACUCUAAGUAUUAAAACUGAAAAAAGUAAAUAAAGUCCUUAAAAUUUGUGACAUUUCAGUUUCUUGUUAAUUCACUUUCAAAAUAAGUUGUAUAAAGGUAAUGAAUAAAGUUAACACUUUUAAUAAAUAUAAAUUUAUA